AGAGCCGCCGGCCUAUCCGGUGCGGGCGCCGCGUCAGCUCUAGAAUUCCUGUGGGCGGAGAGGGGAUUCCGGUUCCGGGUGUUUUCAUAUCCCUCUCGGAGGCGUAUAGCUCCCUGAUUAUGGUCUUUUAUCAGAAACUUCUUAAGAACGACGACUGAUUUAAGUAGUUUUUUUAAAUUAACAGAGUCUUACCGAAGCCGUAAAGAUGACUACCCGCUCGGAGAGGGAGAAGGCCCAGAAACUGAACGAGCAGCACCAGGCCAUCCUGUCCAAAAUGCUGAGAGAGGAAGACAACAAGUACUGCGCCGACUGCGAGGCGAAAGGUGCGACAGCCCUGCCAUCGAAACUGAUCCAUUUAACCACACAGAGCUGACAUUUUCAACAAGGAUGAUGAAGACUGAAGCAUCGGUGUUUGUUAGCAUAGCUGAGCUCAGGGUCAGGAUGGACGUGGUUCGAGUCCGUCAGCUGACUCCUCUGAAGCUAAACUAAGUGGCUAACUAGGAAGCUAACUUCUCUAAAUCUACAUAAGCUCCACACAGUACCUCCCUCCCUUUACCAAGUCCACAGCAGAAAAUGGUCUUUUAUUUCUCACUUCUGUGUUUGAUAAAGAAUUCAAAUCUUACCUUUGGGACUUAGGAUCUUGUAUGUUGCCCUUUUUGUAUUUUUUCACAUCAAAACCCUAUUUUUGGUUUUAUCAGGUCCGAGAUGGGCAUCAUGGAAUCUGGGAGUAUUUAUCUGCAUCAGGUGUGCUGGCAUCCACAGGAACCUGGGAGUACACAUAUCCAGAGUUAAAUCAGUCAAUCUGGACCAAUGGACCUCAGAACAAAUCCAGGUACUGCUUUGUUUGGUUCUCAUAAUGUAGUAUAACCCCAGCAUACAAAGAUGCUUUUUACUAUCUUCUCAUUGGUCUGGUCUUUUUCCAUGAGGCUUCUUGUGUAUUUUGGGGUUAAUAGGAGAUGGAUUUCAGUGUCUUUUUCUGUAUUUAUUGUACUAAUGAGACAUUUUACUGCCUCAGACCCUUGAAGGCAUCACUGACUGUCAAUUAUAGGAUGUACUCUUUGUGUUUUUAAUCAAUUAAACUAAUAGACUUGCAAGAUACUGAUCAGACUUUCAAAAUAUAAGCUCUAUAUCUGAGUGACCUCUAGGGCUGGGCGAUAUAAGAAAAAGUUUAUCACGAUAUAUUUUUUCAUCAAUUGAUAUCAAAAUAAAUGAUAUAAAAAACGAAAUUUAACAGUGCUUAUUGGCAUCUUAUCGUCAUCUGUUGAACCUUCAUCUGCAUUUCUGCCGGGGGUAGCACUCAUUUCUUUUUUCUCACAGACAGUGCUGUCAGCUUGAUGUGUUAAAGUGCUAUGGUUGUGUGUAGCUGCUGCCUGUUACUACGCAUUUGUUUGCUACUUGGUUGUAAUUCAGCACGUGAUUGGUUCAGCGUGAAGCGGACCAGAAGCAACUCCCCUUUUCAUUGGCUAUUCGUACAGUCUACCAAAACAUGUCAGAAUGCCGACUAUUGAAAAGCAUUUUGACCAUGUUUUGUAUUGCUAUUGAGGGAACUUAAUUUUUGAUAUACAUCAUUAUUGUUUUAUCGCCCAGCCCUAGUGACGUCUCAAUCUGGAUACUGUUAACAUAAAAAACAAACCAUAGGGUCUUUAUAUGACAUGGAGUUACUGGGAACCAAAGUAACCACUUUUCACUUGGAAAUUUAGGGUUACUUGAACAUCUAAUGCCCAAUAAAACAGUAAGAUAAAUGUAUUCUUUGGUUCAUUUUACUUGAAUUUCUCUUUUAACACAUUUUCAUACUGCACAUCACCAAUGAAGGCAAGAGAAGUCACACACUGUCAAUAAAGGUACGAGGCGAGAGGACAUGUUAAAUAAACAAGCUCAACCUCGGUAUGAGUGCAUGUCAAUAUGGUUCCUCUAUAUCCAGGUCGUUCAGGUUUCCUCUUUCACCAACCACAGCCAUCAGAGACAAUCAUUUACUCUUUCAAAGUUCAACUAUAAUAUCCAUGAUGGCAUUACUUUUCAGCGGUCUUAUCAAAAAAGAGCCAAAAAGAAACAGAGUCAUACAGUUUGUUAUGACGCACUUCUCUGAAAGCUAUGAUACAUCCUACUUGGAUGUUUCUAAUCAUAAAGGCUCUGAGAAUAGUGUUUUUCAGGGAUGGUUUGGACAUCGACCCCAAAUCUGCUGCUCUCUCAAUCUCUGGUGCUGUUGUCUAGAUGAUUUUCUAAAUUAUUUAUGGAUUAUUAAGACGUUUCACACCCCUGUGUAGUCCUCCCACUGACGAUGAAAAUUAUUAUCAUGGAUGAGUCUAACCAUGUGACCUUUUUGACUGUGUCUUCAUGCUCAUAUGAUUAGUCUCUUUGGUUAAUCACUCCAUCUGUCUUCUCUGCAGAGUAUACAGGACAUGGGUAAUACCAAGGCAAGGCAGCUCUAUGAGGCAAACCUUCCAGAAAGUUUCAGAAGACCUCAAACAGACCAGUAUCCUUUACUAUGCGUCCAUGCCCUUCAAAUAACCCUUGACUGCAGUAUACUUUGAAUUUCAACUAUUUGCUGCUUUGUGUUUUUCCUGAACUCUGACCUCAGAGCUGUGGAAUUCUUCAUCAGGGAUAAAUAUGAGAAGAAGAAAUACUACAGCAAGAAUGUGACCAAUGGAAGCAGUGUAUGUGACACCUCCUUUCUCUCCUCUUUAAAGCUUGAUUUGUUUUAAGCGUAUUUGGACUUUUUAAGUUGGAUGUCUCUGUUUGUUUUUUUCAGCCAAAAGAUGUUAAGAAAGAGAAAGAGCCUGACAGAGGGAGCAAGGCAUCAUCAUACACCAAGGUGAGAGUCUCUCAGGCUGAUCACAUCUCAAGUAGAGCUGUAGAAACACGUACUUCAGCGAUGUUGCAUGUAUCUAAAUACUUCAUAUUUUCAAAGAGUGAAGAGUCCAGGCCAGUUCCAAAAAUCAGCCCCGCUAAGACUUCAGAGCCCUCUGUGAACCUACUAGGCCUCGGUGAGUACCUGAACACUCCAUCUAAAGUCCUCUGAAUGUUACAGUUGAAGCUUUUAGCCUGAUGAAUACCAGGAUAGUGAAAUCCUGUUUAAUGUGUCUGAUAGUGAGGACAGUGACAUGUGGUAUUGUUGCUCAAUGUACUAAACGCUGACUGCGCAUUUCCUGUAGUCCUGGCUUGUAGCUUUUACUCUGACAUUUUUGCCUGUCUUUUUAAACCCUCUUUACUGAAAGCAAUAGCAGCGUUCAAGUGAGAUAUUUUUUGAUCCUAAGUAGGCGCAGGGCCAAAACCUGUCAAACUUGUCGACUUGAUGUGUGAUAACGAAGCUCUUAACCCAAGAGUGAAAGUCAGCUUAGGAUUUCUAUGUGCGGUUCUCUUACGGUCAGUUUCUUACACUUGGUAACAUCAGUCACAUUCCUGAAACUCUUUAGACAAACUUAGAUCUGCUGUGCUGUUGGUAACUUAACUGUUAUGAAGUCUGUUGAUCUUUGAAGCCGUUUCAGAGCAGACUACAGAAGUGUGCUCCAAAGUAAACAUCUGUACCAGUGAGCAACUGCAAAGCUUGUUUUGUAAGAAAGCUCGGUCAGUCACAGUAUAUUACCGCUUAUUGUAAACUGCUGAUGUUAAAACAGUUAAUUUAAACAUAUUUUGUAGGCUCAUUGUGGAGAAGGGUUUAAAAAUGAUAGGCUUGUUUCCACCAGGAUAAAAAGAACUAUAGGAAAUUAAAACAAGGUGAGAAAUGAUCACAUGACUUUGGCAUAAUCAUGAAAGCUAGAUUUAACCUGCGGAGUGAUUUUGCUUAUAAAGGCUGUUUUCUGCAGUAGAAAGGUGGUAGUUGCUUGUUCAUCACUUUUGAUGUCCAUUCAUUUGUUAUCUAGUCCAUCUAUGUUUUUAAUGAGAUAGCCCUAUCAAUAAUGAUUGAAGCCAUUACUGUUUUCUUACCACUUCAUUACAGUAGUUUCAUUUACAGUCUGGAAGGAAAUUAAAUGUCAGUGAUAAUGAUGGACUUGACCGGCAUUGGUAUUUGGAUCUACUGUUAUUCUUGUUCUGUGCUCAGUAAAACUAAUAAGAGCGAGUGGAUUAAUUAUAGUUGUAAAUUUUUCAAGCUAACUGUUGUGAUGCGAAUUGUGUGAGUAUUUCUCAAGCUACAGGAGGGCAUUACAGUCACUGAAAACAAAAAGAAACACUUCUUGAGUAUCAAACAUGAGCUCUCAGGUCCACUUUCAAGAAUGUUUGCGAAUCAUUUCAAGGUUUUUAUGUUUUAUUAUUUAAGUUCUCUGUGAAUUCAUUGGGAAUUUUCUGUGCUGAGUUAUGCUUCCUGACUCACAGUUGUUCUCCAUUGUUGUUUCUUCUUGACUGUGUUAGCUCAUUUUCUACCUGUAAAACUGGUUAUUUCACCUCCUGUGUCACAGACGCACCGACAGCUGCAUCAACUAACAAUGGUAGCACAAGCACAAGCCAGAACAACAAUGACCUGGAUAUAUUCGGCCCCAUGGUGUCCAACCCCCUACCCGCAUCCUCGUCGGCAGCUCAGUUUUCUCAGGUACGACCAAGCAGGAACCCAUUAUUGUCCUAAUUUCUCUGCUGACUGGAGCGCUUUGGUUGUUAAGUGUAAAACUUGGACUAAGUGAGCGGUGGAAAAGUAUAAAUUGAGAGGAAAAUCACCGGCUUCAAUAGGCCACAAGACAGAAACACUGAUCCUGAGAGAGAGAAGCAGGCAGAGAUUGAAUGCUGCUAAUGAGGCAAUCAUUUAGUCGAACAUUUAAAUGGUUCAAUUCACAAAGAUGAUUCUCAUUGAUGAUUCAUCCAUUUGUUAUUUUAAUGAAUCACUCAGUGCGUAUUAACCAUUAUAGACGACUUAAGAAUUUGUUUGUUAAUCAAUAUGAACUGAAAAUGUAUUUCACAGUGAUAUCAGAACACAAUCAGCCUUUUGAAUGUGUCCCAGACUCUAAGAAAGUUUUUUUUCUUUAUUGUUUCAUUAAAAGAAAAAUGAACAAGAGGGAAGUGAUUUCUGUCUCAUAACUGAGCAAUUUACAACCAUAACUCCAUAUUUAAGCGUCGCACUGGUAUUUCUGGCAUUUUAAACUGUUCUAGUAGGUUAAGCUGGUUAAGCCUCUGUACUCCAGUGAAGGUUUGUGUGAGUGUGUAUGAAAGAGAGGUAGAGAGGGUGAGGAGAAAUGCUCUUAAAUCAGGAAGUGAUAACUGUUUGAAAUGCUGCAUACUCUAGUAUUUUCACUUGUAACGUUACAGCACACAUGGUCCUGAUGAAAUAACUGGAACAAAGGUCAGUAUGUAUUAAAUAAAUAAGCUCCUCAGGCUGCGUCGGUUUCAAGCAGCCUGUAAGUAGGUCACACCUGAUAUAUGGGUUAUCAAUGAAUAAAGUAUAGGAACCGUUCUGUCAAAUUUGGCAACUACAGCUGAUGACUGUGUGCCAGCAUGAUAAGCAGGGCGUUCCGUUGCUUCCAGGCCUUGUUCAGACUAUGGUGAGGAAGCAGAAUGUGUCAUAUAUUUAAUGAAUAAACCUUUGUUGAUUGGUCGUUGGUUCGAUCAAACCUGUUUUGUCAGAAUAGCUCCUUGGGAGUGAACCAUAAUUGUGUUACUAUGUUUUUCUCCUUCAUUUCAUUUCCUUAAGUACAGAAGUCCAGGCUCUGUGCUAAAUUUUUUUACUGUGAUCCAAAGGUUUUUCAAAGUCUCUCGCUCGUUCCCUUUCUUUCUAGGUGAGCUCCGGUAAUGCAGCUAGCACUCCGACACAAGCUCCGGCAGCAGCAGGAGCGGCAGGAGGUGGAGCCAGCUCAGGGUCAGGGCAGGGAGACCUGGACUUGUUCAGUGACAGUAGUAGCACCACUAAAACUGAGGACACAGCCAAGAAACCACUGUCUAAGGACUCCAUUCUAUCCCUGUAUGGGACAAACAGCAUGUCUCAACAGGCCCCUGCUGGUGAGGACCUUAAUGUCGUUCUCCUGGUUUGUAAAGUUUAGUAGAUGUUAAAAAAAAAGAUCAUGUACUUUUAGUUUAGUAUUUUGUUUUUAUUGGUUUAACUCAUAACUUAAGACACAUUAAGUUCAGAUGGAGCAAACUUUCUUAAAUGUAAAGUAUAUCGAUCAGUGGCAGAAGUAGCAGAGAGGAGCCAAAAUGCUGUCUGUCCUUUCCUGUCUGGACAGAAAUGUUAGUACACAAGUCAUGUUUCUGUAGCCUUGCUUGUUUGCAUUUGCUGUCAUAAGGCUCUAUGAAUCGCAUACUUGUACAUGGAAGUGACAGCGCCACGUGGUUGAGUGUUAAAAUAUUCAGGAGGAAAGCAUAACAGUUUGGCUUGGUUGUUAUGUCGCAGAAGCUUUGAAGAAUUUGCUCUUAGGACACACUUGCUGUGUACCCAAUAUAACAGCCAAACCUAACUUAAGCCAGAACCAAUAUUAACCUGCUCAGAAAUCAUUUGUCAGUACAUGCACACAGAAUUUUUUUCAUAAUACAAACAGAAAAAGAAACCAAAACAACUUGGGCCAGCUGUACACAGUAUAAAUCAUCUCUAACAUUACAUAUCCACGACCUUAAUCUGAACCAAUCUUCUCUUUUUUUGUCUUCUCCAAACCAGCUGGCAUGUACAUGGGCCCCUCACAGAUGCAGUUUCCUGUCCAGGCCGCUGCUGGUUAUCAGGCCUUCCCUGGCAUGGGUGGGGCUAUGCCACCUACAACCGUCAUGGGUGCCAUGAUGGCUCAGAGCGGGGCAGCCAUGAUGGGGCCCAAUCCGGGGAUGAUGGUUGGGAUGACAAUGCCUAACGGCUUCAUGGGGAACGCACAACCUACAGGUGUGAUGGGCAUGGCACCAAGGAUGAUGGGACCCCAGGGUGGUGCAAUGCCUGCAGGCAUGAUGCCUGCUCAGGGCAUGUACACCAUCCAGCCCGGGCAACAGGCUCAGUGGAACAUGGGUCAGGUAUGAGAGCCUUCAUGCAAUGCUCUUUACUCUAGUGUUGUAGGAGGGUGUAUAACUAGAAUCAAAACUUUGGUGUGGUUGUGUAAAAGUGAGUGACUCUCUGUUUGAGGGAUUUUGAUCAUAUGUGGCCACAUCAACACUUUUUAGUGCAUUUCACAAUAGUGCAUUGUGAAAUGUUUUACUGUACAGGAUGUAUACAGAGUAAACACUAGGUGGCAGUAUAAUAGGGACUGAAAGCAGGAACUCUGUUUUAGUUCUGUGAAACACAACUCUUCUUGCCAGGUUUCAAUAUAAACUGUAUAAUAGCCAUGAUGUAUGCUAAUUUAAAAGCUGAUUUUCUUAACAUUAAAUGUAAAAUCAACUAUGAUCAGUUAGUCCCAGAAACAACAAAGAAUCUAUUUUUUUCUAGAGUUGAUGACUGUCAUGUGGUGGAGCGGGUGAUAUUUUAUCAUAGGUGUGUUUUUUUUUGUAUGCUGACUGCAUCAAUAUGAUGCUGUGUAAGAGAUUAUUGUAUCAACUUCUUAUGUUGAAGUUAUUUAGUUGUUAUUAACAAAUCAAAGCUAUAGUUAUCAGCUCUGUCUGGAUUAGAGGGCAGAACAUAGCUCACCUAUCUCCAUUAGGGAUGUGUCCCACUAACUUUUCAGGCCACUCUCCCACCCACCCUGUUACUAUCAUACUUCCCAACUGUCAAGACCAGUUUGGGAAAGAGAUUAUUGGUUUUGCCAUGACUGAUCCUAAAGGAAACUGUACAUUUUCAACGAGCAGGGAAGAGAUGCAGUGGACUCCUUUAUGUGGGUUGAUUUGAUCAUUGAUCAGGAUGUCCUUGGCAUCACUUUUUCUGUUUGUUUGAGGGUAUUUAUUGACCAUAGCCAAGUGUUGAAUACCGCCUGGAAAUAGUUAAAGGAUAAUUCCAGCAGGUUAAUUCAGCUGAUUGCAGUCCCUCCAUGGUAAACAGGACCCCAGCACAAAGCACACUGGGAGACUGAAAGGCUGUGGAAACUACAAGGUUUUUAAGUAAUCAUCACUUACAAUAAAGCAGUAGAGAGGUUCCUGACCAAGCAGGGUCAGGGUGGAUUAAAGUGUCGCAGUGAUGGAGUUUUGAGUGAAGAUCAGAGGAAAAUUCUGGUUUGUUGCAGAUUGCAUUGCUUGAGUUUUUUACUCUUUCUCUCUGUGACAUCCUCAGGUGAACCAGCAGAUGUCAGGGUUGACUCUGAACGGUGCAGGUGGUCAGAUGGCCUUCGCUCAGCCUCCGUCAGCUAUGGGUGGAUGGGCUGCUGCUGGAUCUGGCCAGACUCUGAGCACACAGCUGUGGAAGUGAGCCUUCAUGCAGGUUGAUGGUCGGGCAGAGUAAGAGCCGAGGCUGCAGAAAGUGCAAAAUAUAUCUUGUGCUUCUCUGCACCUCGCUAUGAACUGAUGCCCAUCUCCAUCACGGACCAGCCUUCAGAACAUGGAAAUUCUCUCUCUUUCCCCUCUCCCUUUUCUGUCUCUCUAUUUCUCUCUAUUGUGUGAGUGAAUUGGGAGUCAUACAGGAUUACAGCCUGGCAGUUUCUGCCUGUCGUAUGGUUUUUGAUCAUAACUUUUAUUUUCCUUUUUUGGAAAAAAGAAAACAGUGACAAGGAAAUAACAGUCCCAACAAAAAUGAUAUCGACAUAUCAGAAAAGCUGCAGGACCAGUAACACAAGCUUUUAUUGUAUCACUGUAUCAUUAUAAGAUUAUAGAACAUUUAAUGAAUAGUAUUUAAAGGGAGAAGAUUUGACUAUCAAGUCUGUCUGUACUGCUCCCAGAUGUACAGCGCUGUAUAACCCUCUUUUAAAGUACUUGUGGUUCCCCCUAUAAAAUAAAGCGAUAAACAACUUGAUCUGA